GAUCCAAAGCAGAAAUGGCGGCUGCCUUUAGCUUCGUAAAUAACGUGAAUCGCAUUUCUGCUCGUUAUUUACCGCUCUAUUUGCUCAAUUUUAGAUAUCUCCACAAAAUAUGUCCGCGAAAUAGCAAUCUGAUUGCCAACAAACGUCCGAAGCACAGAUUGCAGCUCGUUCAAUCACAAAAUUGUGUAGGGUUUAGAGGUCCCCAUGUGAGGCUCUACCCAAAGAUUUCCUGCAGAGCUUUUUCAGAAAAUCCUACUGAUAAAGAUAAUUUUUCAAAGGAAGAAGAUUUUGAAGAAGGUGAUACUGUACAUGUUAUAAGGGAAAAUGAAAGAAUUAUUGGUGAAACCCAAAGGCAUGACUUUCAAGCAGAAACCAGACAGUUAUUGGAUAUUGUAGCCAAGACACUCUAUUCAGAGAAAGAGGUUUUUAUUCGUGAAAUGAUUUCCAAUGCAUCUGAUGCACUGGAAAAACUGCAAUACCAGUUCUUGACUGGAAAAGGUGUAUUGGAAAAUGAACUUCCUCUUGAAAUAAACAUUGCAACAGAUCAAGAUAAAAGAACUCUGACAAUCCAGGAUCAUGGCAUAGGAAUGACAAAAGAAGAAUUGUUAGAUAAUUUGGGUACUAUUGCUAGGUCUGGAUCCAAAGCUUUCCUUGAGGAACUGGGUAAACUGGGACAAGGAGAUUCACGGGGAAAAAGCAUCAUUGGACAGUUUGGUGUGGGCUUCUAUUCUUCAUUCAUGGUGGCUGACAGAGUUGAUGUGUUCACUCGUUCUUUUUCUCCUGACAGUAAAGGAUUCUUAUGGACUUCCAAUGGGUCUGGUUCAUUUGAGAUUGCUGAGGCAGGGAAUGUAACUCGAGGCACAAAAGUGGUCAUGCAUCUCAAGGAUGAUUUUAAAAAGUUUUCAAUCAAAACAACAGUUGAAGAUAUUAUAAAAAAGUAUAGCAACUUUGUGGGUUUCCCUAUAUAUUUGGAUGGCACAUGCAUCAAUACAAUUCAGCCUUUGUGGAUGUUGGAUCCAAAUGCUAUAAGCUCUCAAGAACAUGAGGAGUUUUAUCAGUUUAUUGCCAAGAGUCACGAUAGGCCAAGAUACACGCUCCACUACAAGACAGAUGCUCCUUUGAAUAUUCGUAGUAUAUUUUACAUUCCGGAAACUGUUCCACAGCUGUUCACAAUGGCUAAUACAGAAUAUGGUGUAUCUCUGUACAGUCGAAAGGUUCUUAUUCAAUCCAAGGCACAGGGGGUUUUGCCAAACUGGUUGCGGUUUGUAAAGGGAGUGGUUGAUAGUGAAGAUAUACCACUUAACCUCAGUAGAGAACUUCUCCAAGAUAGUGCUCUUAUUACAAAACUCAGCCAAGUUUUACAAUCUCGUAUUGUCAAGUUUCUUCAGCAGCAACAAAAGAAGGACAGAGUGAAGUUUGAAAACUUUUUCAAGGAUUGUGGUACUUUCUUUCGUGAGGGAAUAGUGAGCAGUAACAAUGAAGAUGAAAAACAAGACAUAGCCAAGCUUUUGUUAUUUGAAUCAUCACAGGAAAAGGCUGGAGAGUUAACCUCACUUUCUCUAUAUGUAUCACGCAUGAAACAAACCCAGCAAUAUAUAUACUACUUGUGUGCCCCAAGUCGUGAGCUUGCAGAGACAUCCCCAUACUAUGAAGCGCUUAAAAAGGAUGACGUUGAGGUAUUGUUUACCUAUAAUGAACAAGAUGAUGUAACUUUGCAUUACCUUAGUGAAUUUCAUGGGAAGAAAAUCAUAGCUGCAGAGAAUUACUUUUCAGUUGAUAGAGAAGUAAAAUCGUCAAUAUCAACUGACACAAUUGAUGCAGACAACACAUCUGAUUCUCUAUCAGAUGAGCAAUCUAAAGACUUGGCAGACUGGAUCAGUAUAAUCUUGGGAAAGGAAAAAGUCCCUGUAGUUAAGGUAUCCAAACAUCUUAGUAAGACCAGUCAUCCUGUGAUGGUCACCGUGCCUGACAUGGUGGCAGCUAAACAUUGGCUCAAAGUUAUGAGAGCACAGCAACACCAGGAUAUUGACAAUACCAAGUACCACUUUUUUCAACCCACAUUGGAGAUAAAUCCUAGCCAUGAAUUAAUCAAACAACUGCAAGAAGUUCGGUCAGUGAAUUUAGAUCUAGCUGUUAUGGUUGUUCAUCAGCUGUUGGACAAUGCAAUGAUAUCUGCAGGACUACUUGAUGACCCAAGGAGCAUGGUGAGCAGACUGAACUCUCUAUUAGCUCAAGUGCUUGACUCAGCUCAUGGAACUGCAAAACCUGAGUGACCAUCCACUUUUAUUACACCUGAUCUGAUCACAGCAUAGCUGGCACAUUGUCUCCAGUGUGCCAGGAUCCAGAAUGGGAUCUGAUCAGGAGAAAAACUACCCUGCAGUAUGCCUAACAACCAGGAAGAUAUGAUGCAGACAAAUUGCAAAAUCCUAUUACAAAAAUAUGGUAUUUAAUGCUAAUGAAAUAUAUCUAGGUCAGGAUUUUUUAUGUAUAGGUGUGUCUUAGUUAAGAGUCAUGUGUUCAGUUCUUGUAUCAGAGCAAUGGUGAUUUCAUCAGGAGUUUAUGAACUUCGUUGUUGCCCUCGUGAUCUUUUAUUAAAUGUAGUAUUAGUGUUAAAUGUCUUUUUUUUUCUGAGAAAUAUUGAGAAUAGAUACAGAGCAAACACUGAUAACCUGUUACUGAGUUGUAAAGAAUAGCUCAUUCAUACAUUUACUUAGUUGAUUGGAGGACUUGUAUACAUGUCAAAUAUGAGUACCUCACUUAACAUCAAUAAAAUGUGUAAUGUCAAUGAAUUCAAUAGUUUUUGUGGAACUAAAAGUUUUAAUGACAGCUGCAUACUGUAGCAAAAUCGGUCCUUAAGAUACAUUUUCAUGAUUAAAGUGAUUUACUUUACAUGAAA